UAUCUCUCUCUCUCUCUCCCCCUUUGAGUGAGCGAGAGAUCUCCCGAAACCUGAGCGAGGCGGUCCCGGAGACACCAGAGAGGCGAUAUCCUCGUAAAGCGCAACAUGGCUACAAUUGUAACCUCCACCAGGUUUACAGACGAAUAUCAGCUGUACGAAGAGCUCGGAAAGGGAGCCUUCUCUGUUGUUCGGCGAUGUGUAAAGAAAUCAACCGGCCAGGAAUAUGCUGCUAAGAUCAUCAACACAAAAAAGUUGUCAGCAAGAGAUCAUCAGAAGCUGGAGAGAGAGGCUCGGAUCUGCCGUCUGCUCAAACACCCCAACAUAGUGCGUCUCCAUGACAGUAUCUCAGAAGAAGGCUUUCAUUACCUGGUCUUUGACCUUGUUACUGGUGGAGAACUGUUUGAAGACAUUGUCGCAAGAGAAUAUUACAGUGAAGCAGAUGCAAGUCAUUGCAUCAAUCAGAUCCUGGAAAGCGUCUGCCACAUCCACCAGCAUGACAUUGUGCACAGGGACCUCAAGCCAGAGAACCUGCUAUUGGCCAGUAAGAUGAAGGGGGCGGCAGUGAAGCUGGCUGAUUUUGGCCUUGCCAUCGAGGUGCAGGGAGAUCAGCAGGCCUGGUUCGGUUUUGCAGGCACCCCUGGAUACCUCUCGCCUGAAGUCCUGAGAAAGGAUCCAUAUGGCAAGCCAGUGGAUAUCUGGGCCUGUGGUGUGAUCUUGUAUAUCCUGCUGGUGGGUUACCCUCCUUUCUGGGAUGAGGAUCAGCACAAACUGUAUCUACAGAUCAAGGCUGGAGCCUAUGACUUUCCCUCUCCAGAGUGGGACACUGUUACCCCAGAGGCCAAAAACCUUAUCAACCAGAUGCUGACCAUCAACCCAGCGAAGAGGAUCACGGCUGACCAAGCAAUCAAGCAUCCAUGGAUCUGCCAACGCUCCACUGUCGCCUCCAUGAUGCAUCGCCAAGAAACCGUUGAGUGUCUGCGCAAGUUCAACGCCCGUAGAAAACUCAAGGGGGCCAUUUUGACCACCAUGCUGGUGUCCAGGAACUUCUCAGUGGGUCGGCAGCACACCAGCCCCGCCACCCCCACCACCAGCACAGCUGCAAUGGCACAGGAAGCAUGCAAAAGUUUACUGAACAAAAAGUCUGACGGCGUGAAGUCACAGACAAACAACAGCAAAAACAGUGUAGUAAGCAGCAGCACCAAAGACAGCAGCAUAUCAUCCACUGCACCAAUGGAAUCACAGACCACUGUCGUGCACAAUCCAGCCGAUGGCAUCAAGGGGUCUACAGAGAGCUGUAACACCACAGAAGAGGAGGACAUGAAAGAUAAGAAAGUAUCGGUGGGCGGGGCUAGCAAUGACAGUGCAGUGGUCAGCCAAUGCAGUGGCUCCGAUGAGCCAGCUCCUCAGACCGAGGCUUCUCCCCCCUGCCCACUACCCACCGAACCACCACAUGAUGUUAAGAAUGUUGCUUGGAGCAGUUCAGGUCAGAGCUCCUGUCCUGAUUUAGAGCCUGCUGUACCUGCUCCAGCCUCCACAACACCAGGGGGCAGCAGCGUGCACAGGCGGCAGUCACGAAAGCAGGAGAUCAUUAAAAUCACGGAGCAGCUGAUUGAGGCCAUCAACAACGGAGAUUUUGAAGCUUACACGAGAAUCUGUGACCCUGGCCUGACCUCUUUUGAGCCUGAGGCACUUGGAAACCUGGUCGAGGGAAUGGACUUCCAUAAGUUCUACUUUGAGAAUUUGCUGAGUAAGAACAGUAAGCCUGUGCACACAACCAUCCUGAAUCCUCACGUGCACCUGAUCGGAGAGGAUGCCGCCUGCAUCGCUUAUAUCCGACUGACGCAGUACAUCGACAGCCAGGGUCAGCCACGCAGCAGCCAGUCUGAGGAGACGCGUGUGUGGCACCGCAGAGAUGCCAAGUGGCUCAACAUCCAUUUCCACUGCUCCGGAGCGCCUGCCGCACCUCUACAGUGAACCACACAGGGCAAAGCAUGCCUGAAUACUAAAGCUGAUUGGAGCAUUUCUUCUCCGUGCACGUCUUGCCGCCUGGAGCCCGGCCAGAAGAGAACCUCUUGAAGUUUCGAAAACGUGAGGGAAAAAAUUUACACAACUAAGAAAUAUAUUUAAAAGUGGCCACCACUUUAGUCCAACUCUAGCUAGAUGUGUGGCGGGCGGCCACGGCAGCAGCCCUGCCUUCUGGAUGCUGCAUGCUUCUAAUGCCCACACGGGGCGCUGUAUUGUCUGUAACCAUAAUCUCUGCUGCCCAACAUUCGGAAAAGGUGUUUAAAGUAUUAAUAAUAUAUUGUAAAAUAUUGAGAUCUUCACAUGUGUAAUUAACAGCUGGUAGAGAUGGAA